AUGGAGGUGGAGUCAAGCUCGAAUGUCAUCGGGGAAAGGAAUCGGUCGAAUGGACAUGGACAUGGACAUGGACAUGGACAUAGAUACCAGCAUCAGGAUGACGAUGGUAAGAUAGAAGUGGAAGAGGACAGAUGGUCGAAAGGAUCGGCAAAAACUUCUUCAACCACUCCACCUAGCUCCGCAUUUCAAUUUACAUUCCCUCCCAUACACUCAUCCACAACUACACCAGAUCGACGUCGUCAAGCGCCACCAACCAACAUACCUAAUUUCCCGGGACCUCACGAACCCAGAAAUUCACCACCGACCGUACCCUUCUCACCUUCUCCUACGCAGUCGCCGAUGGCAAGUUCACCAUUCCGCUCACCCGACCCUCCCCCUGCUGGACCGUCUGCACGUACACCGGGGUUCAAUCUCCCCCUCUCACAGCCUUACGUCACUCCUUCCGCAUCAGGCGUUAGCUCGCCAUGGCACUCUCUAGCCGCCACUUCAGGUGCACCGACACCGUCUCUGGAGGGAGGUCCUAAGGGACGAAGUAGCCCGCAUUUGGGAUAUCCAUUUGAACGUCUUAACAUCGGUGGAAGCUGGAGUGGAGCGAAUCUCUGGGGGGAAGGUGCACAAGGAAGAAGAGGAUCGGCAGACUCGACGACUGGCGGUGAACCAGGCUCAAGUCCCGGUAAAGCUCCAAUGCAGUUAUCAUCGCCGCCACCCAUGGUCUUGCCGCCACCUGGACCGGCCAGAGGUUUGAGUAAUGAGACUUUACUACGGUAUAAAGCUAUGGCAAGCUCCGGAUCAUCUUUGUCACCUGCGAUGGCAAAAGGUCCUAGUCAAGGUGAAUCUGGUUCAUCAUCAAGAGCUUCCUCUAGCGACUCCACCACGCCCCCCUCGCUGCCACCUGCUUUGGCCCGCAGGCGAGGCUCGAUACCCAAGACCAGCACUAGCGUUCCAUCUCUGCCCCUUCCGCCCUCCCGAGGGGGAAAGUCGCCUAGUCCGCUUGCAUCGAGCUCAACUACCUCGUCACCUGGAGUGGGCGGCAAAAGACUACAACCUAUAACAGCCAAAUCUCUCUUACCGCUCUUAUCCUCGCCAUCGACCCUUGUACUUGAUGUACGACCACCAUCUUCUUUUCAAUCCUCGCAUGUUCCUUCGUCCUACUCACUCCCGAUCCCAUCCACACUGCUUCGUAGACCAGCUUUCAACCUCGAAAAGCUGGUCCAGAUGUUACCGUCAGACACGACGGAAGCUGUUUUGCGAUGGCGGGAGAAGGGUGAUAUAGUGCUGAUCGAUGCAGAUAGCGGAUCAGUAUCCGAUGGAAGCGUUUUAGACGGAUUGUCUUCCAAGUUCGAGAGAGAAGGAUAUACGGGGCAUUUGUGGUUUGUAAAAGGCGGUCAUUCCGCUUUAUCGUCCCAACGAGAUCUCAGAUUGGUUGCUGAAGAUGACGCACCUGGAGCAGAAGGACAGGGAUCGAUCACUGCAUCUGCUGCAGAUGCAGGAGUGAAGAAGGGAAUGAUAGCUGGAACGCUAGGUACUUUAGCUUUUAGACAAGAAUCGACGGAAGGUCGGAGCAGACGCGCGCCACCUCCUACAGGUCUUUCGAUACCGCCUACACCAGGAUUCAAUUUCAAAUCUAACCCUUUCGGGAUCUCUCUACCUGGAUCUCAGACUUCUACAGCUACGGAGCGACCAUUGAUGACCGGACGCGAUCUGACGUUAAGUGGGAUGCCUUCACCCAAGAAAGCCAAAUUGCAACCUGCGAAUCCCUUCUUCGACAACAUCCGACAGAAUCUCGAACUUUCCCAUGGCGGUAUCACCGAGCGAAUCCCUUUGAACUUACCGGACCAAGUGAUGAACCGUAUUGAAGAUUUGCCCGACUUCUUACGUGACCUCGCUACCAUGCCAGAAAAGGACAGUAUGGACCAGUUGGCGAAGCAGUUCUAUGAUCUGGAAUUGAACGAGCAGAAGAGGUUACAAGCUGUUAUGGAAUGGCAUAGUAACGCAUCGGGAAUGCUGUUGAGUGAUAAAGCCGGGAAAGAAACUUGGGCGGAGAAAAGACAUCACGAUGCGGAAGAAGUACAGAGAUUGACAAAUUGGAAUGGAGAAGAAGCGACUUUACAAGACGAUUAUUUCCCAUUCUCCAUCACCGCUGGUGUGGAGAGGGGUACGAAGAACAGGUAUAAGAAUAUUUGGCCUUAUGAUUUUUCGCGAGUUCGAUUAGAACGACCACCAGAUGAAGAUUCAGAUUAUAUCAACGCUUCUUACGUCCAACCCCGAGGUACUUCCAGACGAUAUAUCGCUACUCAAGGACCACUCGAUGCGACCUACAAUGAUUUCUGGACUUUGGUGUGGGAACAAGGUGUACGCGUGAUUGUGAUGAUCACCAAGCAAUUCGAAGGAGGUUUGAUCAAGUGCGGUAAUUAUUGGGGAGAUAAGACGUAUGGUAAUCUACACCUUCAUAUGGUCUCCCAGACAGGAGGUGAAGAUCAAGUCCAACAACAAACAACAGGGUUCGAUUUUGGUCCUGCUGCUGUCACCCCACGGUCGACGUCUUUCCCUACUGGGAAAGAGCGAAAUAUCAAACGAGUGUUCAAGUUGGCGAAUCAUGACGAACCGGAUGAACCGCCAAGAACGAUCGUACAGAUCCAAUGUAUAGGUUGGCCAGAUUUCGAUGUUCCUGAAACACCGGAAACUCUCUUCAAUCUGAUCAAAGAUGUUGAUAAUGCUGUGGAAGGAUCGGAAACCGUUGGACGUGAUGAUCGACGUAACCAACCUCCCGUUCUGGUCCAUUGUUCCGCCGGUGUCGGUCGAACGGGGAGUUUCAUCGUUGUUGAUGCCAUUCUGGACGGUCUCAGAAGGGAAUUACGCGCUCGAAGAGGGACAUCCGUGCCUUCAUCUGGACAUCAACAAGAUACCGAGCGAUCACCAUUUGAUCCCUCGUUGGCUAAUCCAGUCAACUUUGGAAGCUCGGAUUCAGGUCAUAAGAGUCAGGAUUCUGGCAAAGCUGUAUCCUUCUUAUCUCCUCCGGUUAGCGGUACCGCCUUGAGUGAUUCGAGUCAACCGAUCUUGACGUCCUCGCCAUCCCCCUUGACGACCACUGUGACCGCUCCCACACCCCCGUUCCAACCACUCACGGCUGCUGCGUUGGCCGAGAACUCGUCAAAUCAGGCACAAGAGGAGAAGAUGGAAAUUGAUGCUCCUACGGAACCUCGAGGUCCACCGAGGGAUGAGAAAUUUUUCCAACAUCGAGGCAGUAUCUCGACCUCGACUCAUUUCUCCAGUGAGGCCGGUGGCGAUACUCGACGACCGAGUCUGGCUUCGACUAAGCACUCUUCCGAUAUGCUCCCUCCUGACGCGAUAUCUCGAAACAAUGGGAAAGAUGCCAAUGCUCCUAUGCCGAUCAUUCGAUCGGAUAUACGACAUCGAACACCCACACCUAUAAGCGAAAUUGAAGACCCCGUCGCAUCGGUGUUAGAAGGUAUGCGAGUCCAACGGAUGUCCCUUGUCCAAUCACUUCGACAGUAUCUGUUCGUCCAUCGAGCUAUUAUACAUAAUUAUCUGCACAUUUUGGACGAGGAGAAUGAAACACUCGGAACUCAAUCGAAAUCGCCUUCUGCCUCUGUGUCAGGUGGAAUGGGUAAGAUGGGUUUGACUCCUGCUAAAUCCAAUUCGACUUCCGGAAGUACAAGUACAAUUCCUAGUGUAGGUACGGUGGGCACGGAUGAGGAUAUGCACUCGAAGAGAAGAGCAUCUCCAACUGAACUCGAAAUCGAAUCGUUGUCUUCAAAAGGCGGAUUGGAUGAACAUGGAAAGAAUCUGACUAGGACCCUCGGAGAGAUUGAUUCGACAACAUCAAGUGGAUUAAGUAAAAGACCAAGUUUCAAGAAAAUGCGUCCUGCGGUAGAUUCAAUGAUAUCACCGACUGGUACAGGUAUUACUUCGACUUCCACCGAUUCUACGUCCUCGACUGCCUCUGGAGGAUCAUCAACAUCGACUUCGUCUACUUCCUCGCCACUUAGUCCGACGAAAAAAGGCAAUAGAUUGAGAAGCAAGAGUAAACUAGGUUUGCAGUUGGAUAUGGACAGUGGUAGUUUGCCAUUGAGUUUCGGUCCCACUGGAGAACAGGGACAGGGAUUUGAUAAAGAGAAAAACUUAGGAAAGUAG